GAUAGCGACAAAAUGAAGCUUUUCGGACUGCUCUUGACGAUUUGUCUUCUCCAAGAAAGAUCCCUGGCUUUGUCUCAAGAUGGAUUCGCUUUCAAAACAGCUAUUUGUGAGGGUAAAAACGGCGGACUUUUGCCCAUCUUUGGAACAUGUUCCGGAUACUAUGUGUGCGCGGAUGGAAAAGCUGUGGUUGGGUCCUGCGACCCGGGUACCUUAUUCAAUCCCCUAACUUUGCACUGCGAUGCGGCCGAUAAGGUGGAGUGCAUCUUUGAUGCCAAGGAUAACGAAGGCAAUAACGAAUCGAACUCAGACAGUGAGGAGGACGAGGACGAGGAGGAGGAGAGUUCCCCAACUUAUGUGACGGUUAAACCUACAAAGCCUCCUGCAAUUCAGGAAACAGAACUUUCGGAUAUAUCCAAUAGAAUGUGCGUGGGCAAAAAGGACGGAGUAAUGCUGACCAAAAAGGGAUCUUGUCGGGAAUACUAUGUUUGCAAGUCUAAAAAGCCCCGCCUCCGGUCUUGCGCUGGCCAACAGCACUUCAGUCCAACGCGUCGAACUUGCAUGAAGGCGUCGGAAGCCAAGUGUUCCGUCGUUGGCCAGGAUAUCAAUAUGCUUGACAAACCUGCCCUCACGGCGGGAUUGUGUCCAGAGGAGAAGGAGAACUCCCUGGUGGCACAUCAGAGCGAUUGCGGCAAGUUUCUCCUCUGCAGCAAUAUGAUGUUCCUGGUCAUGGACUGUCCCGUAGGUUUGCAUUUCAAUGUAGCGUCCUCGCGCUGCGAUUAUCCCAAAAUUGCUAACUGUCAGCCAAAGAAAAAGGAAACCAAGAGUAAAACAAAGUCCAAAAAGAAUGCUCGUCGGCCGAAAACUCGUGUGUUGUAA